UGUGCGAUUACAUCGAUACACCAUCGGACCUGUUUCCGUGUUGCUAAUGCAGUAAGUAGCCACUAUUAUCGGCGCCUACGCAGAGUUCAAGAAGACUGACGAAAAGCAAUUGCAGCAUCAUUGCACACAUAGAAGAACCCGCACCCGAACCCAAACACACACAGGAAACAUGUCUCAUCAGUGUACAGUGUGCAAAAAGAAUUUGUUGAGAAUUGAUGACUUGCGUAGACAUAUGCGGACCCACACUGGAGAAAAGCCUUUUGAGUGUACAGUGUGCCACAAGACGUUUCCACAACGUGGACACCUGCACUCUCAUAUGCGAACCCACACUGGUGAAAAGCCUUUUGAGUGUACAGUGUGUCACAAGACGUUUUCAGUAAGUGGAACCCUGCGGAAACAUAUGCUAAUCCACACUGGGGAAAAGCCUUUUGAAUGUACAGUGUGCCACAAGACGUUUUCACUCCGUGGAAACCUGCACUCUCAUAUGCGAACCCACACU